UGAAGCCAGGAAGGUUCCAUCUUGGUUAAGGGCAGGAGUCCCUUACGGAUUUGUCUGAGGAAAGACAGGAAAGCGCCAGCAUCUCCACCUUCCCCGGAAGCCUCCCUUUGCCAGGCAGAAAGGGUUUCCCAUGGGGCCGCCCCUGGCGCCGCGCCCGGCCCACGUACCCGGGGAGGCCGGGCCCCGGAGGACGAGGGAAAGCAGGCCGGGCGCCGUGAGCUUCGCGGACGUGGCCGUGUACUUCUCUCCCGAGGAGUGGGGCUGCCUGCGGCCAGCGCAGAGGGCCCUGUACCGAGACGUGAUGCGGGAGACCUUCGGCCACCUGGGCGCGCUGGGUGAGGCCGGGCGCUCCGGCCGGGAUACCCAGUCCGUCGGAUUUUCAGGUCCCAAACCCGCUUUUAUCUCGUGGGUGGAAGGAGAAGUGGAGGCGUGGAGCCCGGAGGCCCAGGAUCCCGACGGUGAGAGCUCUGCAGCUUUCAGCAGGGGCCAAGGCCAGGAAACAGGAUCCAGGGAUGGGAAUGAGGAGAAGGAAAGGCUGAAGAAGUGUCCAAAACAAAAAGAGGUGGCGCAUGAAGUGGCUGUCAAGGAGUGGUGGCCCAGCGCCGCCUGCCCAGAGCUCUGCAACCCUAGGCAGAGCCCCAUGAAUCCCUGGCUCAAGGACACUCUGACCCGAAGACCGCCCCACUCUUGCCCAGACUGUGGCCGCAACUUCAGCUACCCUUCCCUCCUGGCCAGCCACCAGCGGGUCCAUUCCGGGGAGCGGCCCUUCUCCUGCGGCCAGUGUCAGGCGCGUUUCUCCCAGCGCAGGUACCUGCUCCAGCAUCAGUUCAUCCACACCGGCGAGAAGCCCUACCCCUGCCCCGACUGCGGGCGCCGCUUCCGCCAGAGGGGUUCCCUGGCUAUCCACAGGCGGGCUCACACCGGGGAGAAGCCUUACGCGUGCUCAGACUGCAAGAGUCGCUUCACUUACCCCUACCUGCUGGCCAUCCACCAGCGCAAGCACACGGGCGAGAAGCCCUACAGCUGCCCUGAUUGCAGCCUCCGUUUCGCCUACACCUCCCUGCUGGCCAUCCACAGGCGCACACACACCGGCGAGAAGCCCUACCCCUGUUCUGACUGCGGCCGCCGCUUCACCUACUCUUCCCUCCUCCUCAGUCACCGGCGCAUUCACUCCGACAGCCGGCCCUUCCCCUGCGCGGAGUGUGGGAAAGGCUUCAAGCGCAAGACCGCCCUGGAAGCCCAUCGGUGGAUCCACCGCUCCUGCAGCGAGAGGCGCGCGUGGCAGCAGGCCGUGGUGGGGUGUUCAGAGCCCGUCCCUAUUUUGGGAGGCAAGGAUCCUCCAGUUCACUUCCGGCACUUUCCAGAUAUAUUUCAAGAGUGUGGGUGAUGGCGUUCACACAAACUGGUCAGCGUUCCCCUGGAGAGGAAGAGGCAAGGUUUGUGCAUUUGGGGGAUAAGGAAAGGAAGCGGGCGUUUGAGGAAAACAAAGUUCUGCCUUAGGAAAAAAGCAGAGGUAGGGGCACAGAGGGCUGUGGGGAGGAGGCAGGAAUCUGAAAAGGUGCCUGGGGGUUGACCCCAUUUUCUGAAGCUCCAGCACACAGGGCCCCGUGUUCCACGUCCCAUCCUUCACUGAAAACCAUUCACCUAACUGGCUUUUCCUUCAUGAUUGUUCUCUCCCUUGUAGCUCUCUACUUUUCUCUCUACCUGUAUCUCUCCUACUCCUCUGAGAUGGGGUCCCCUACAUUUCAGUGCCUAUUAAAGGAGCCUGCACCCACUCUGGACCCCCCAGAAUAGAGGGGAUACCUCAGGCCUGUCCCUCGGCGGGUGGCGGGGGGCAGCUCAUCCCAGGAUUCUUUUUUUUUUUUUCUGAGAUGGAGUCAUGCUCUGUCGCCGAGGCUGGAGUGCAUUGGCAUGAUCUCGGCUCACUGCAACCUCUGCCUCCUGGGUUCAAGCAAUUCUCUGCCUCAGCCUUCCGAGUAGGUGGGAUUAAAGGCAUGCGCCACCAGGCCCAGCUAAUUUUUGUGCUGUUAGUAGAGAAGGGGUUCCACCAUCUUGGCCAGGCUGGUCUUGAAUUCCUGACCUCAUGAUCCACCCGCCUCGGCCUCCCAAAGUGCUGGGAUUACAAGCGUGAGCCACCGACCCCUGCUGAGGAUUCUGCCUUUUACCAAUGCAGGUGAAACAUCUGGCAAGGAGACACCUGGAGUGUAGGUGUUCCUUGGUCUUGAAGACCUAGAGGUGGCCGUAGAGAGGACAGUGGCCUCAGGUGGGGAACUCUCCCGCCCCACUCUCAUUCUGCAAGUGCACAAACUAUCAAACAUAAUGGACUCUGGAACUGGGCCAACUCUUCACUAUAUGCAUUAGUGAUUGCAGUGUUUUUUUCUUCUUCAGAUAUUUGCAUGUUCCCUGGAUUUUGUAUUUUUUGAUAAAGAUAUAUUCUUGGGCCACAGUAACUGGAGAUAUAAUGUAAUGCUGGAGGAUUCUUUUUUUUUUUUUUUUUUUUGAGACAGAGUCUCUGUCUGUCGCCCAGUCUGGAGGGCAGUAGCCCAAGCUACGCUCACCGCAAGCUCCACCUCCCAGGUUCACGUCAUUCUCCUGCUUCAGCCUCCUGAGUAGCUGGAAUUACAAGCACCCGCCACCACGCCCAACUAAUUUUUUGUAUUUUUAGUAGAGACAGGGGUUUCACCGUGUUAGCCAGGAUGUUCUCGAUCUCCUGACCUCGUGAUCCUCCUGCCUCGGGCCUCCCAAAGUGCUGGGAUUACAGGCGUGAGCCACCGCACCCGGCCUCUUUUUUUUUUGAGAUGGAGUUUCACUCUUGUUGCCCAGGCUGGAGUGCAAUGGCAUGAUCUUGGCUCACUGCAACCUCCGCCUCCCAGGUUCAAGCGAUUCUCCUGCCCCAGCCUCUUGAGUAGCUGGGAUUACAGGUACCCACCACCAUGCCUGGCUAAUUGUAUUUUUACUAGAGACAGGUUUCACCAUGUUGGCCAGGCUGGUCUCCAAUUCCUGACCUCAGGUGAUCCACCUGACUCGGCCUCCCAAAGUGCUGGGAUUACAUUUUUUUUUUUAAAGAAAGAAUAAAUUAAUUGUGAUUAAAGUUGAAAUCAAGGCAUAGUCUUUCCAGUCUAAUUUUUACUGUAAUGCUUGUAUGUCAACAGUUAAGAAGGCCGGGCGCGUUGGCUCACGCCUGUAAUCCUAGCAGUUUGGGAGGCUGAGGAGGGUGGAUCACUUAAGGUCAAGAGUUCAAGACCAGCCUGGCCAAUAUGGUGAAACCCCAUCUCUACUAAAAAUACCAAAAAAAAAAAAAAAAAAAAAAAAAAAAACAA